GGGGAGAAGGGCUCCCGCCACAUUCCUGGCUGCGAGGCUAACGGACGGUACGGCGGCUCCUACCGAGCGGUCUUCAGCCUUUUGCCACAUGCGGAUCGACACAGCCCCAGCCUCAGGUUCCUCUGCAGCCUGAGCGUGGCAGCCUUGUGCAAGGAGCUUGGGGACGCUGGCCUGGAAACUUGGAUUUCCGGGGAGGCCGCAAAAGGAGAGCGGCAGGCUGCGGAGGAGGCGUCUGCCGGGCUGCAAGUCUUGGGGGAGGCCAUGCUGAGGCACCUGCUGCAGCUGCAGUGUAACGCUCAGGCCGUGACCGCCCUCCACCCAUCAGGCCCCGAAGACGGGCUGGUGGCCGGCAGCGGACAGGUCCGCCUGGCCACGGGCCUUUUCCCAGCCCUCAGUCUGCUGAACCAUUCCUGCGACCCCAACACCAGCGUGGUUUUCACCGGCAGCACUGCGGAGGUCAGGGCCUUGCGCCCCAUUCCUGAAGGGCAGGAGCUCCUCCACUGCUAUGGGCCUCACAGGUGCCGAAUGAGGGCUGCCGAGAGGCGCAGGCAGCUCCUCGCUCAGUACUUCUUUGAGUGUCAGUGUCAGGCCUGCUUGGAGGAAUUGCAGCCCGGACCCCCCAGUGAAGCCUCUGCCCCCAGUGCCAGCCUUUUCUGCUGCCCUGCCUGCCAGAUGCCCGUGCAGGGCGAGGGCGAGGGCACACUCCGCUGUUCCAGUAUGGCCUGCGGCCACCUAGUCCCCGAGGAUGACUUCCGUAGCCGGCUGCGUAAUCUUCAGCGGUUGUCCCAGCCAGCCUUGGAGCUCCUGGACCGCGGCAAGCCGGGUGAGCUGCCCCCAUCCGGGAAAGGCCCUUGCGCGGAGGCUCCGUCUGGACCCCCAGGUGGCACACGAGGACCGCCUGAGGCUGCAGGAGAAUGUUGUCUUGCAACAUAAGCAAAUAAUGGGGCCGGGGCUGGGUUUUUUAAAAAAAUGCUUUGUUUCAAAAAGGGAACAAAACCUCGCAUUCUGAAUGUCCCGUCAGCCCCAUUCCAGGCUGCAUGAAACAAAAUCCAGAACGGAAGGCCCGGCCUGAGCGAGCCUCUUCCUGCCGCAGCCUUCGUGGCACAAGAAAUCCAGAAAAAUAUUUUCUGCCAUCUAGUGGCUGCCUGCAGUGGUAGCCUUUGGCUAGCCCUUGCCAUAACCCGGGAACAGCCGCUGUAGCGGGAAGGAACGCAAGAAGAGGGAAGAGACGUCAACUGUGGGGUCUUUUGCCCGUCUCACAUGAGCUGGAGGGGCCCUUUCCGCUGGUUGCCUCCUGGCUGAAAACGGUCCCGGUCAGGUCCAAAACUAAGUUUAAGCUUGUCUGUGAGCAAAACACACCAUUGAUUGACUGCAUCAGCUGCCUCAAGAGCAUGAACCGAGUGCACCACUCCCAGUUUAACAGCUCAACCACCUUAAUCUCUCUUGCAUUUCCAAAUUUAGAAAAAUACAUUUAGAAAAUGUACAAAGAUGUAUGCCCAUCUUAAGUACAUAACUCUGGGUGGCAACCAAUACUUAAAAAUCCUAAUCGAUUAAAAAAUACAGUACAAGGAAAACAACAGUAAGCGACUGAGACACCACAUAAUAACUCCGUAAAAUGCUAAUGCCUGGGGAAAAGGCAAGCCUCGGCAGCUGAGCCGCAGCGGGGAGGCCGUCCCGUGGGCCAGAGCUGCCCCAGAGGGUGCUGUCGGAAGUCUCUGCAGAGACUCUCCAAACGAAGGCAACGCACAGGGUGCUGAGGAUGUGUUCGAAGCUCCAGCCGACCGCUCCGAGUCACUCUCGGCUUUUUCAGAUGCACUCAAAAUCUGAAACUCCGAAGCAAAGCCACCCAUCAACCAAGACGUACGUGUGUGUGUGUGUGUGUAUGUGUGUGGACUCCU